UAAGGUCAAGGGCUACGGAGAGGAGGAGGCUUAGAAACAGCAGCAUAAUAAGCCGUACAGCUGGAGCGCUCUGUAAAUUAACUCAAUUAGACAGAGUCCGAUUUAACAAGGAAGACUGGCGAGAAGCGCGCCCCUCAUUAAACUUGAUGUUAGAGGAGCUUCUGAUGAAAUUAAAUUUGUGUUAGUUGUUUGAGUCACAUAAAAUAGCAUGUGCGCGUACACAUGUGCACACGUGUAGGCUCUGUGAUUUAGGUGGGAAUUCUGAGAGGGUGAGAGGAAAGGGCUAGAACUAAACAACGAGAGAAGGAAAGGAAAGGAGAUUUUGAGUGAGUGAAGGCCCCAGAACUCAGGAGUGGAAGACAAGGAGGGAAACCAGACAGAAAACAGGUGGGAAGCCGAGCCGGGCCUCCCAAUUAAGAAGGCAUGGGCCUCGUGCGAUGGGGGCUUCUGCUGGGUUGCCUGGGCUGCGGAAUUCUGCUCGGAGCUCGGGCUCAGUUUCCCCGGGUCUGCAUGACCUUGGAUGGUGUGCUGAACAAAGAAUGCUGUCCGCCCCUGGGCCCCGAGGCGAACAACAUAUGCGGCUUUCAGGACGGUCGCGGCCAGUGCACCGAGGUGCAGACAGACACCAGGCCCUGGAGCGGCCCUUACGUCCUUCGAAACCAGGAUGACCGUGAGCAGUGGCCAAGAAAAUUCUUCAACCGGACUUGCAAAUGCACAGGAAACUUUGCUGGUUAUAAUUGUGGAGGCUGCAAGUUUGGCUGGACCGGCCCCGACUGUAAUCAGAAGAAGCCGCCCGUCCUAAGGCGGAAUAUCCAUUCCCUGACUGCCCAGGAGAGGGAGCAGUUCUUGAGCGCCUUAGACCUGGCGAAGAAGACUGUCCACCCAGACUACGUGAUCACCACGCAGCACUGGCUGGGGCUGCUUGGGCCCAACGGAACCCAGCCCCAGAUUGCCAACUGCAGCGUGUAUGACUUUUUUGUGUGGCUCCAUUAUUAUUCUGUUCGAGACACAUUAUUAGGUCCAGGACGCCCCUAUAAGGCCAUUGAUUUCUCUCACCAAGGGCCUGCCUUUGUCACAUGGCACAGGUACCAUUUGUUGUGGCUGGAAAGAGAGCUCCAGAGACUCAUUGGCAACGAGUCCUUUGCUUUGCCCUAUUGGAACUUUGCCACCGGGAAGAAUGAGUGUGACGUGUGCACAGAUGAGCUGCUCGGAGCAGCAAGACGAGACGACCCGACCCUGAUUAGUCAGAACUCAAGGUUCUCUACCUGGGAGAUUGUGUGUGACAGUUUGGAUGACUACAACCGCCGGGUUACCUUGUGUAAUGGCACCUACGAAGGUUUGCUGAGAAGAAACAAAGUAGGCAGAAAUAACGAGACAUUGCCAACCUUAAAAAAUGUGCAAGACUGCCUGUCCCUCCAGGAGUUUGACAGUCCUCCCUUCUUCCAGAACUCAACCUUCAGCUUCAGGAAUGCGCUGGAAGGGUUUGACAAAGCAGACGGAACAUUGGACUCUCAGGUCAUGAACCUUCAUAACUUGGCUCACUCCUUCCUGAAUGGAACGAAUGCCUUGCCACACUCAGCUGCCAACGACCCUAUCUUUGUGGUCCUCCACUCUUUCACGGACGCCAUCUUUGAUGAGUGGCUGAGGAAAAACAACCCUCCCACAGAUGCCUGGCCUCAGGAGCUGGCACCCAUUGGUCACAAUCGGAUGUAUAACAUGGUCCCCUUCUUCCCACCAGUGACCAAUGAGGAGCUCUUCUUAACCGCAGACCAACUUGGCUACAAUUAUGCCAUUGAUCUGUCAGUGGAAGAAGCUCCAGUUUGGACCACAACCCUCUCAGUGGUCAUUGGAAUCCUGGGAGGUUUUGCUGGAGUCUUGGCGUUUCUGGCUUUCCUUCACUACAGAAGGCUUCGCAAAGGCUAUGCACCCUUAAUGGAGACAGGCCUAAGCAACAAGAGAUACACAGAGGAGGCCUAACAGGCUCUCUCCUGCUUGACCUACGUAGUCACUAAAUGCACCCUCACUCUUCUUGGGAUCGAUGAAAAUCUUGAGCAUGUGCUCCUUAGCAGUGAUGCUGAUCCCCCAACUUUGCUUAUUACACGCAGACAAAAUGCUUGGGUCUGUCACUGUCAUCAAAGUAAGGUGUGGCUAGUCCUACGUGACCUUUGAUUAAAAGCCCUUAUACUGAU